AUGAGUCAGCAUUUUUCUCAGCCAUGCUCGGAAAAUCGUGAUGAUGACGUUGAUCAAGAUACAGAAAAACAAGAGGCAACUAUAAAAGCUUCAAUUAAACGACAGCAGCGGUACCGGGAGAAGCAGCGACAGUAUGUGGACCGCCUUGAGGAGACAGUAAAGCGUCUACGUAUGGAGGUAGAUGAACGACUGACUGCGCGACACAGUGCUUACAAAGUUCGAAUUCAGGAGUAUAUGUCAGGGAUGCCACUACAAUCGAGUACAGUACAGGCCACGAGUAUUAUUUCCUGUAUGCGAGAAUGUAUAAUAGCUUUUGAAUCAGGGAAUCAAGAACAACAGGCAAAUUUUCUUGAUUUGGCAGCAUGCAGCGAUGUGCGAUAUGGAGAUCAAAUCGGACGCACAUUUGUCCUACAGCAUUGGGCAUAUUUUGCUCAUUUAUUUUGUAGUUUCAUGCUCAAGAAGUGCAAUUAUAUUGUGGAGUGCCAGGAUCAGUACGUGAACGUGGGACGAGUGAGUGCUUUACUUGUUAUUCGACUACGACGUCAUCUUUGGACCAGUAUCUUUCCUCAUACUAUUCUUAACGAGCGUUUACGCACCCGAAUGGUGCAAAAAUCUACUUUACGACUACCAAUAACAUUCAUAUUUUAUUUCGAUGGGCUUGGAAAAGUGUGUCGCUACGCUCCUACAAUUGACUUUGUGACUGGCCUAUAUAUGGUGGUUCAAAACUACGGAGACGUGGCCUGUUUGUUGGAAACGGCAAAAAUCGAUGCGGCGGGACGAAUCCUUGAAGAAUUACUGCCAUUUGAUACGUAUCAAGUCGAUAGCGACUUCUGCGGUGACCAUUGCAGUCAUAAUCGAUUCCAGACAUCACCAGGUUGUCGUAAUUUCACCGCGACACACAAAUUCGCCAUGUCUUUUCUACUAUCAAGUGAUACAGAGGAACAAUCCUGA